UCAAUCCCCAGAAAGGCUUCCUCAUUUUUGUUCCACGCAUCCGCUCUCUCUUCCAUUUCUUCCCUCCAACCCUCCAAAAAACCACACAUGUCUCCCCUAGAUUAUACUCCCGCCCAACUCGAUCAUCACUGAUCACUCGCACUGCUCUGUUUUUCUUGUUAUUUAUCUCAAGCCCAUAAGUGACUUCUCACUUUUUGUCAGUUCGUCUCUUCCCCUGUCUCAGCAGCAGCUGCAAGCCAUGGCUGUGGCAGAGUUAACUGGUACUCCAUCUUUGUAUACUACCAGAACAACCCAUCAUCGUUAUCAAUACUAUUCUUCACAGCUUUCCUACGUUUCCACUCGCCUUUCCAAUUACCGGAGAAUUUCUUUAAGGCCUCAUUACCCCAGAACCAACCAGAAUGCUAGAACACGUUGCUCUGUCAAGGAAGCUCAAGCACCAGUUGCUUUGCAGACUGAAGAUCCCAAGAAGAAACCCGAAUGCUAUGGAGUCUUCUGCCUUACUUACGAUCUCAAGGCUGAAGAUGAGAUAAAAUCUUGGAAGAAACUGGUUAAUGUUGCUGUUUCAGGUGCCGCUGGGAUGAUUUCUAAUCAUCUUCUUUUCAAACUUGCAUCUGGUGAGGUUUUUGGGCCUGAUCAACCUAUUGCAUUAAAACUAUUGGGGUCUGAACGGUCGUUGCAAGCUCUUGAAGGAGUUGCUAUGGAACUUGAAGACUCUUUAUAUCCUCUAUUAAGAGAAGUCAGUAUAGGAAUAGAUCCUUAUGAAGUGUUCCAAGAUGCUGAAUGGGCACUUCUGAUUGGGGCAAAGCCUCGGGGCCCUGGAAUGGAACGGGCGGACUUGCUGGACAUAAAUGGUCAGAUUUUUGCUGAGCAGGGAAAAGCUCUCAAUGCUGUUGCAUCGCGUAACGUCAAAGUGGUAGUAGUGGGAAACCCUUGUAAUACCAAUGCUUUGAUCUGUAUGAAAAAUGCCCCAGACAUUCCAGCAAAAAAUUUUCAUGCCUUGACUAGAUUGGAUGAAAACAGAGCAAAAUGCCAGCUUGCUCUAAAGGCAGGAGUAUUCUAUGACAAAGUCUCAAAUGUAACCAUCUGGGGCAACCACUCAACGACUCAGGUUCCUGACUUUUUAAAUGCUAGAAUUAAUGGUCUACCAGUCAAAGAGGUCAUAAAAGACAUCAAGUGGUUAGAGCAGGAGUUCACUGAGAAGGUUCAAAAGAGAGGUGGUGUCCUUAUUCAGAAGUGGGGGAGAUCUUCAGCUGCAUCAACUGCUGUGUCAGUAGUUGAUGCUAUCAAAUCUCUCAUAACCCCUACUCCUGAGGGUGAUUGGUUCUCUUCUGGAGUGUAUACCAAUGGAAACCCUUAUGGUGUAGCGGAGAAUAUUGUCUUCAGCAUGCCAUGUAGAUCAAAUGGUGAUGGUGAUUAUGAACUUGUGAAGGAUGUGAAUUUUGAUGAUUUUCUUCAUAGCCGAAUUAAGAAGAGUGAAGCUGAGGUGCUUGCAGAGAAGAGAUGUGUGGCGCAUCUUACAGGGGAGGGUAUUGCUGUAUGUGAUUUACCCGGAGAUACAAUGCUUCCUGGAGAAAUGUGAGAUACCGAGCAUAGAGCAUUCCCAAGGAUCUCUCAGGUCGUAGCAUGAAGACUUCCAAAUUGAAUCGAUACGACCUUUGGUCUUCCAUUGUUGUAAUUUACCUAGAACAAGUCACGAUGAAAAUGAAAACGGAGUAGAUAGAUAAGGUAAACUUUCUGAACCUGAGUGUAACUUGAUUAUUAUGUGAUAGAAAAUGGUGCUUGUGCGAAAUAUGUUCUUGUA